UUUUGACUCUACAUGCGUUUUGCGUGGACCGGACCGGACCGGACCGGGCUGUGGCUGGAGUUCUUGCUUCAUAUUAUCUGGAAAAAGGCAGGGCGGCUCAUCGGAGACGGAACGCGCCGUCUCGAGGCGGUCAUUCGUUGUGGAUGGAGACCUUCGCCUCCUUCCUUUGCCGUUCUGCUUCUCCGCCGACGCCGCCGCUGCCUUCAGUCGGAUCUUUGUCCAGUCGGCGGUUUUGGCCGUCUGUAUCGCGUGCUGUUGCCGUACGGAGAAGUGAUUGUGGGAAAUCUCGAUGUUUCAGUGCGAGGAUUUUUGCUUGUUCUUCAUCGUCGGUUUCUGUAUGGGAAUUUAGGGAUGGCGACGAGAAUUCGCGGUCCAAGAGAUCAGCUCUGUUCAAUCUAAUACGUGAUAUAGAGCCCUUGGAUGUGAGCCUUAUUCAGAAAGAUGUACCGGUUACCACUAUAGAUGCCAUGAAGAGGACCAUAUCUGGCAUGUUGGGUUUGCUUCCGUCUGACCACUUUCAAGUGAUGAUUGAAGCUUUGUGGGAAUCACUUUCGAAGCUGUUGAUUUCUUCAAUGAUGACAGGGUACACGCUGCGAAAUGCUGAAUACAGGCUCAGUCUAGAGAAGAAUCUUGAGAUGAAUGAAGGAGAUGACUGUAUGUUAAAUAUUGAAGAUUCUAAGCUUGAAGCAGAAGAGGCUGAUUUGAAAAACAAAGGAACAAGUAAAAAUGAUAAACAAGAACAAGAGCCAGCAUCGGAUCGAACAGGAGAAACAGCAUUUGACAUUCCUGAUUUUGGUGAACUGCCUCCUGAAGCUCGUCAAUACAUUUUGAAAUUGCAUUCCCGUUUAUCUUCAGUGAAAAAGGAGCUCCAUGAAAUUACGAAGAAAAGUGCAGCACUUCAGAUGCAGCAACAGUUUGUUGGGGAAGAAAAAAAUGACUUGUUGGAUUACUUAAGAUCUUUGAAACCAGAGAAGGUAGUUGAGCUCUCAGAACCAACAUCUCCCGAAUUGAAAAAUACAAUCCAUUCAGUAGUACAUGGCCUCUUAGCAACCCUUUCUCCCAAGAUGCAUUCAAAGGGUUGGGAUUUAGGCGAAAAUGGCACCAUUGGAACCAUUAACACUGGAACUGAAGGAGAUUGUAUUGAUCUUGUUGAGAACACCUCUCUUCAGUUCCAGCCUCUUAUUUCUCUGCCACGGGAUUAUCUUGCUCGCUUGCUCUUUUGGUGCAUGCUGUUGGGACAUUACCUUAGAGGCUUGGAAUACCGACUGGAACUGACUAAGCUUAUGACUAUACCGGAGAAUGAUGGCGAACAGCCUCAUCCUGCUUGUUAGCCAUUUCAUUACCUUAGAGGUUUCAUAUGAUUAAGGUAUAUGUUAGUUAGAUCAUACUGUUUUAUUAUUCUGUUAAAUGAUUUUUUCCUUUUUUUUUUUUGGUAAUCAUGUUGGGAAUGCAACAGCUGGUAAUUAUUUUAUUUAGUUGUACAUUCCUCAUAUACAUGUGUGUAUGUAUGUAAAGGUUACAUAUAUAUAAAGGGUUAUUUACGUUUUGGAUUUGUA